AUGAACUUUAGUGAAAUCUUCCCAGGUGUAAUAUUUGCUUAAUUUGCACCGAAUAGCAAAUAUAUUGUGUUGAGUAAUGGAACAAGAGUGAUUGUGAAAGAAACAGAUUAAUUACAAUCAAUUAACUUUACCCAUUCAUAAAUUAAUGAUGCUUAAAUACAAUAAAUAGAAAUUUCUCCGAAUAGUGAAUUAAUUGCAUUAAGUUAUCCAAAAAAGGGAUACGUAGAAAUUAGAAAAAUAGAUGAAGUUAAUUGGUGUGCAAGAAUUGAUGAUAGUGUUGAGACUAUUUAAUGGUGUCCAGAUUCUAUUUAAUUAGCUGUUAUUAGUGAAUUUUAAAUUAAAGCAUCAAUUUACAAUUUGAAUAACAAAAAUGUGACUCAUUUUAAAAAUCCAAAAUAAAUUUCAUUUAGUCAUAAUGGGAGAUUCAUGGUAAUGAGUGAAAGAAAAGAUGCUAAAGAUUUUAUUGGAAUUUAUAGUGUUAGAGAUUGGAAACUAUUGAAUUAUCAACCAUCUGAUACUUUGGAUACAGCAUUAUUACAAUGGUCUCAUAAUGACUCCUUCAUUGGAGUUUAAGACACUGAAUUAAAUUUUCGACUUAAUCUUCAUUGUCCUUGUUAAGGUUUAUAAAUGAAAUUCGAACCUUAUUCAUAUUCAUUAGGCAUCAAAGUUAGUAGGUUUGCCAACCAAAGCGAUUUGAUGGCUGUUGGAGCUAAUGAUGAAAAAUUAAGAAUCAUUAAUUUACUGACACUUAAAUAAAUAACAGAAUUAGAGCAUAAAAUUACAAAGGAUGUUCUAAUUUAUAAAGAAGAAGAAUAUUCUGAUUAAUAUUCCUAGAGAGUAGUGACUAAAUUUACUUAAAUGGAAUAAGGUUGUAAAAUCAAUAUCUCAAAGACCCAAAAUGGUAUUAGUUUAUUGGAAUGGAGCUAUAAAGACGACUAUAUUGCCACAAAGUUUGAUGGAAUGUAAAAUUGUGUAUUCAUUUGGGACAUGGAAUUAUUGACCUUAAAAGCUAUAAUGGUUUAAAUAUUACCUGUUAAAUCUUUUACAUGGUCGAAGAAUUCUACAACCCUAACAGUUUGUACUGGAAGUAGUAAGAUAUUCUUUUGGAAUCCAACAUGUACCUCUGCUUGUGACAUGCCAUUCGAUAAGAACUUCCAUGUUGUAAAAAUAGAUUGGAGCACUGAUCAAAAAAGUAUGUUACUUUUUGAUAAAUCUGAUGUCGUUGUUGCUUAUCCAACUCUAGAUGAUAGUUUUUGA